AGGGUUUGAUUCAAGAAAUUAAUUCAUCCAUGAAAGAAAAACACAUCCUCUCGGCUGUGACUGAAAUUUCAGCGAACCAAGUUCGCCCAAAUUCUUUAGCAGAGAAAAAUGAAGAGCGAGCGGUCCACCCUGAUAUCAUUAGUCUAUAUGAAACCGCGUGCGGUGCAGAAAAGAAAGCAAUCGAAGCCAAUAGAGAAGAAACUUUGCGUUGGUGUUUCUAUGCUAGAGAAUUCAAGCGCAUGUAUAAAGAUUUUAUGGUCAGCAACAAAGUUGGGGAAAAGAAAGCGAAAGGUCAGGUAUACGAUUUUAUUAUCAAACAACUUCCCGAUACUAAACGCAAAACUUUAUGUAGACAAACACAGAAAGCUUUGAGAAUUGACGAUUUAUUCGAAAAAAUAGGAAUGGACAAGCUUCAAUACAUAAAAACAUAUAGUGCGGAUACUAUUUCGAAAUUUACUGAUCCUCAGAUUCAAAUAAUUAUAGAUCACUUCACCGAAAAGCUUGCCUCCAAAGGAAUCAACUGCACCUCAGUCAACGAAUGAAGAAGUUGUUUCGCAAUCAGUUGAGACAGACGAUGAUAGUAACUGUAGUCACGACAACGAUUCUGAAGAAGAGAUGCCAGAUGAAUCGGAUGAUGAUGGUUAUGAUGGAUAUGGUGGAUAUAAUGAAUAUGGUGAACGUGAUAGAGGUUAUUAUUAUCGUGACGGAAGAUACGAAAGGAAAGUCUCACCAAUGAUGAGUCCUAUUAUCUCUCCGGUAACCGCCUAGGAGAAUUAUUGGAUGAAUUGCAUAUUCGCAUAGACUAGAUUGUCUUUUUUUUUUCGAAUCACGUGGGUGGCUUAGAUAUCGUGCGCAGUAAAACGUCCGCAGUAAUACGUCACUGGUUCAGCAGAAUAUUAUAUAUUUAUAUGCGCAGUAGUACCUCACCGGCAUCCACAGAUAUGGACAUGUGAUAUGACUACGCCACUGUUGCAGUCAUUGCUAAGAAUUUUUUGUGUUGUUUUCGUUAUACACUUUCCCGAAAGUUCUG